AUGAAAACGCCCAACACCUCUCCGGUUUCUAGUUCGUCUCCAAAAUCUCGCCUACACAGAAACCGGGAACUGACCUCACGGUUUUCACCUUCCCCUCCAAGCGCAACCACACCCUCUCUGGAAUCCAUAGAAUGCAAUUCCCCAAUUCGACGCAAAUCGUCCAGUCCCGCCGAUGGCCGGCGACACAAGAUCACCGAGGACCCGGGUUUCACGCGCCACCAACUAUGGCCUUCUUCUUCUUCUUCUUCUUCAACGACGGCGAAGAGAGAUUCUGGCACUCUCGCCGAUCACAUCACCGAAGACAGAAUCAUAGAGCAACUCAACGUGAACGAGAAAGAGAGACAUAACAAAUCAAGCUCCAUUUUUUCGCAGAUGGGUAGCAGAGGCUUCGAGAACUGCGCAACUUCUUCGACUGCAAGCAAUGGCUUCAAGGAAAAUGAUCGACCCAUUAUUGGUGGGUCCACGAGGUUCUCGGGAAGAUUCAUAGCACCCGGAGAAUCAUCACCUUCUUCAAAGAAAAACGGUUCUAACAGCGCUGUCUUCACCGGUGAGAAUGCUAAAUCACUGUCUUCACGGAGAAACUCUUGUUCUUUCUCAAAUUCUCUUGAUUUAGAAUCUGAUUAUGGUGACAUGGGAACAACGUCGAGAAAAGCGGGUAAGGAGGUUCCGUCGAGGUACACGAGUGACGUAACGUCGAGAAGGGCGGCUCGAAGAGGAACUUCAGAUUCUAACAUUGCGAACUUGGACGGUGAUUCCUCUGUUUUGAAGAGGUUCAACUUGAAAACGGCGAUAAAGAGGGCUAAUUCGCUUACUGGGUACAAGAGUUCCAAGUCUCAGUGGGCUUUGUCACCUGCGAGGUCAGAGUCACCGGCUAUGUCGGUUGAAAGCAUGGAUAAAACGAUGUUGUUUUCGAGCUUGAAGCACCCCAUUGGUCCUACAAAGGCUAAAGGGGUGGAAAAGUUUCUCAGCUUGGGUUUUGAUCUUUUCAAGAGUAAGAAAUUAUCUGGGUUUGGUUCUUCUCCGGUUGGUUUUGGAAUAAACUCAGAGGUUGUUCAUCAGCUUAGAAUGCUUCAUAAUCGUUUCAUUCAAUGGCGGUUUGCAAAUGCCAGAGCUCAAGCUGUGAAUGAAAACAUCUCUCAUCAGGCUGAGAGCAAUUUGAUGCGUGCUUGGGAUGGGCUCACAAAGUUGCAGCAUUCUGUUCUGAAAAAGAAGAUACAGUUUGCAAGAGAAAAACUUGAUAUGAAGAUCACUUUUGUACUGUAUUCUCAAAUGAAGCUAUUGGAAGCUUGGGGAGGCAUGGAAAGGCAGCACGUGUCAGCAAUUACUGCCACCAAAGAGUGUUUGCAUUCCGUUGUGUGCAGAGUUCCUCUUUUGGAAGGUGCUAGGGUGAACAUGCAAUCAACAUCCAUUGCUAUAAGGCAUGCAUCUGACCUCACAGCCUCCAUCAAGUCAAUGUUAACUACUUUUUCAUCUUCAGUUGAUAAGACUGCUACAAUGCUAUCAGAAUUAGCAAAAAUUGUUGCACAAGAGAAGCAGAUUUUAGAGGAGUUCUAUGAUCUUUUCCAGACCAUAUCAAUCUUCGAGCUACAAGAAAGAAGUAUGAAGUGCAAUGUCUUUCAACUUGAAGAUUGGCAAAGGAAAUAUCUACUAGCGGGGAUCACUUCAUAG